GCUGUGGGAAGGCGGGGGCGCGCACCGCUCUCGCGCAUGCGCAGUCGCGCGCAGCAGCGGCGAGAGGCGGCUGGAGGGAGUCGCUCCAAGGAGGCGCCGGGUCCCGCGGCCGCUUCGCCCCGUUCCGAGCCCGCAGCGUCUCCCCGGCCGGGCCCGGACGCGUCUCCCCCCCGCGGCCGCCGGACCCCGCGGGGGACCGGAAGUGGGGCCCCGGGGCUCGGGCUCCACCGGAAGUGGCUCCGGCUUGACCGGAAGUUCCCGCCUGCGAGGCCGGGGGGCGGGGCCAGCAGGACUGGGCGCCCCUCCCCCUCCCCCCGCCGAGAGGGGCCCUUGGAGCGGGGAGCCGGCGCCAUGGCGGAGGCGGAGACCCUCGAAGUGAUGGUGAAGACGCUCGACUCGCAGACCAGGACCUUCACCGUGGAGGCGGAGGUGACAGUGAAGGAGUUCAAAGAGCACAUUGCAGGCUCAGUAAAUAUCCCCGCGGAGAAACAGCGUCUGAUCUACCAGGGGCGAGUCCUGCAGGACGACAAGAAGCUAAAAGAAUAUAAUGUUGGGGGGAAAGUGAUCCACUUGGUGGAACGAGCCCCUCCCCAGGCUCAGUCGCCCUCCUCUGGGGGUCCCUCUGGAGCCAGCUCGGCCUCAGCCCCCCACAAUGGCAUCGGGGGCCGGGGAGCCGGUGCCACCGUCCACGACCGUAACGCCAACAGCUACGUCAUGGUCGGGACCUUCAAUUUACCAGUCAGCAUUAUGGACCCGCAGCCGCCCUCCCAGAUCGACGGAUCCUCUGUGGAUGUUCAUAUUAAUAUGGAACAGGCGCCCAUACAGAGUGAGCCCCGCGUGCGCCUGGUGAUGGCACAGCACAUGCUCCGAGACGUGCAGGGCAUCCUGGGCCGGCUGGAGGGUCGCACCAACGGGCAGCCGCAGCCCACGCCAGAGAAUGCCCCCCCGGCCCCCGACGAACCGCCACCCUCCACCAGCCCCGGCCAGCGGGAGCCCAUGGAGGCAGCUGAUUCGGAGCCCCCAGCCGCGCCCGGCGAGGAGAGCCCCCAGCCUGGGCCGGAGCCGCCCCCGGCUGCCGAAGGGGCCCCCAACCACCCGGCGCCGGCCGAGUACGUGGAGGUGCUGCUGGAGCUGCGCAGGGUGGAGGAGCAGCUGCAGCCCUUCCUGCAGCGAUACCAGGAGAUCCUGGCCACGGCCAGCACCACUGACUACAACAACAAUACGGAGGGGCGCGAGGAGGACCAGCGCAUCAUCAACCUGGUGGGGGAGUCCAUGCGCCUGCUGGGGAACACCUUCGUGGCCCUGUCUGACCUGCGCUGCAACCUGUCCUGCAGCGCCCCCCGCCACCUCCACGUGGUCCGGCCCAUGUCCCACUACGCCGCCCCCAUGGUGCUGCAGCAGGCUGCCAUCCCCAUACAGAUCAAUGUUGGGACCACAGUGACCAUGACGGGGAACGGUGCCCGCCCCUCCCAGCCUGGCUCCGAGGGACCUGCCCCCACCCAGCCUUCCCCCCCGGUCCCGGCUGGAGCCCCCAGCCCCGGGGAGCCAGGCCGGGGCCCAGAGAGCCAGCUGGGGCCCGGGGCGGCCCCAACUCAGACCCAGGGCUCCCAGACCAGCCACCCCCGGGUCAUCCGCAUCUCCCACCAGACCGUCGAGCCCGUCGUCAUGAUGCACAUGAACAUACAGGAUUCUGGGUCUCAGGCACCAGGGGGCGGCUCUGGGGGCACCGUUCCCAUGGGCACUGCUGGACCAGCCGGGCAUGGCCCGGGCAUAGCAGGAGGCGCUGCGCACGUCCCCCUGCCCAGCCUGCCCCCGGAGCUGAUGCAGGCGGUGGCUCACCAGAUCACCCAGCAGGCCAUGGCGGCCGCGGCUUCCGCCGCCACAGGCCAGCAGGUCCCUGGCUUCCAGUCGGCCCCAACCCGCGUGGUGAUUGCCCGGCCCUCGGCCCCAUCCGCCCGGCCCACCCACCCGGGGGCCCCCCAGGCGCCAGGACCUGCGACCCCCGGCAUAGGGGGCAAUGCCUCCCUGGCACAGAUGAUCAGCGGGCUCCUCGGGCAGCUGCUGAUGCAGCCGGUUCUCGUGGCUCAGGGCAGCGGCUCGUCAUCGGCGUCGUCCUCCUCCUCCUCCUCCACCACCACCAGCACCAGCACCGCAGCGGCCUCCUUCCCGGCCCCGGCCUCCCCGCCCACGGCCUCGGCCAGUGCCGCCACCACCAACACGGCCACCACGGCGGCGGGAGGCAGCUCUGCCGGGGCGCCUGGGGGCCCCGUGCCCUCCGCCUCCUCCUCGGCCCAGCCGCCCCCCCCCACUGACGAUCUCCACUUCUCCCAGCUCCUGGGCAGCCUGCUGGGGGCGGCGGGCCCGGGCGUGGCUGGCGUGGGCUCCCCCACCAUCACCGUGGCCAUGCCCGGUAUGCCCGGCAUGCCCGCCUUCCUGCAGGGCAUGACAGACUUCCUGCAGGCCACGCAGAUGGGGGCUGCCCCCCCCCAGGUGCCAGAACAGGCUCCACCCCCUGCCCCUCCCCCUCCCCCGCAGCCAGAGGCCCCUCCAGCCCCCGCCCCGCCCCUGAUGUCUGAGCGGGUGUCAGGCGGGGAGCGGGGGCGGGGCCGCCCCCCUGGGGGCCCCGAGGCCCUGACCCCCGAGUUCUUCAUCAGCGUGGUGCAGGGGGUGCUGUCGUCCAUGAUGGGCUCGCUGAACGCCCAGCAGGGCAGCACCGAGAGCAUCGCCAGCUUCAUCCAGCGCCUCAGCGGCACCAGCAACCUCUUCGAGCCGGGCACCGAGGGCGCCAUCGGCUUCUUCGGGGACCUGCUCUCGCUGAUCUGCCAGAACUUCUCCAUGGUGGACGUGGUGAUGCUGCUCCACGGGCAGUUCCAGCCGCUGCAGCGCGUCCAGCCCCAGCUGCGCCGCUUCUUCCACCAGGAGUACCUGGGGGGGCGGGAGCCCUCGGACCACAACGUGCGGGUGGCCACCCACAGCCUGAUCACUGGCCUGCAGGAAUACAUCCGCGAGAGCUUUGCCUCGGUGCGGGUGCAGGACGGGGUCGACAUCACCCGGACCAACCUGGAGUUCCUGCAGGAGCAUUUCAGCCGCAUCGCCACCCACAUCCUGCGCUGCGCCGACCCCACCUUCGGGUGCCGGCUGCUGGAGCUGUGUAACCAGGGGCUGUUCGAGUGCCUGGCGCUGAACCUGUACUGCCUGCGGGGGGAGCGGGGCGCCCUGACCGCCGUCAUCAACGACCGCAUCCGGCAGCGGCUCUCGGCGGACGUGAACCCCUCCCUGGUGAGCUGGCUGACGGCCAUGAUGGGGCUGCGGCUGCAGGUGGUGCUGGAGCACAUGCCGGUCACCGAGGAGCAGGUGCUGCCCUACGUGCGCCGCGUGGGCGAGGGCCCCCAGCCGGUGCCGGAUGAGCCCAUGGAGGUGCAGGCGGCCGAGCAGCCCCCUGAAGCCGCGCAGCGGGACAGCGCCUCGCCCGGCCCCACGGCGGAGGAGGCCCUGGCGCGGUGCCUGGAGCCGGAGCCGGAGCCGGGGGAGCUGCCGGGGGAGCCUGCACCCGACGCCGAGCCCUGGGCAGCGGCUGUGCCCGCGGAGUGGGUGCCCAUCAUCCGCGAGGACAUCCAGACCCAGCGCCGCGGGAAGCAGCAGCCGCCGCUGAGCGACGCCUACCUGACGGGCAUGCCGGCCAAACGCCGCAAGACCAUGCGGGGCGACGGCCCCCAGCUGCUGCUCUCCGAGGCCGUCAGCCGAGCCGCCAAGGCCGCCGGCGCCAAGCCCCUGGGCGGCAGCGAGAGCCUGAGCCGGGAGCUGGCCGAGCCGGCGCUGCAGGAGGGCUACCGGCAGCAGCUCUGCGCUGACCUCCAGAAGCGGCUGCGGGAGGAUCCCAGCUUCACCCCCCAGCGGUUCCCCAACGCCGCCCGCGCCUUCGGGGACGAGGCCUAGGGGGGCCCUGCCCCCUGCCCCCUAUUUAUCCCCCCCCCCAAUAAAGCCGCUUGGUGUCAC